CCUGUAGCUGCUCCUCUGACUCUUCCUCUCCCCCCCCCACCCCCAGCCUCGGUUCAGGAUGGAGGACUCGGAGGCGGAGCUGGCGGUGUCGGAGUCGGACGCCCUGGGCGCGGACUUCAUCACGGUGGAGCUGGACACGCAGCCCAUCGAGUACGUGGUGAAGUGGGCGGAGGUCGGCUCCAAGUUCACCAUCUCCUGCGUGAAGAAGGACUCGGACGACCCGUCGGACCUGACGGCCGACCAGCUGAAGAUCGAGACGGACGAGGCCUUCUUCGCGCCCUACGAGGAGGUGUACCCCUGCGAGGUGACGGAGCAGAGCGUGGAGAUAAAGACGGACUCCGACUCGGACGAGGACGACACCGAGGAGGAGCAGGAGGUGCUGGUCGAGGCGGGGAGCAGCCAGCUGGAUGGCGAGGUCGACUCGGACCAGGCCGACUUCGAGCCGGACGAGCGGCAGUACCGCUGCAGCUACUGCGGCAAGUGUUACAGCCACGCCUCCAGCCUGUACCGCCACCAGCAGACGCACACCGGGAAGAGCGCCGCGCCGCCGCCCCCCGCCAAACGGGCGCUGGAGCCGACGCAUCAGGAGGCGCGCUACACCUGCCCGCACUGCGGGAUGAGCUUCAAAGGCAGCAGGAUGCUGGGGAGUCACCUGCGGCUGCACGGGAAGCGGCGGAUCCACCCCUGCAACAUCUGCGGGAAGGAGUUCAACCACAGCUCCAGCCUGUCGCGACACCGCCUCAUCCACAAGAAGGGAAAAGGCCUCCCCAAGGACGUGGCCCUCGGCCCCAACAUGGCCGCCCUGCGCCACUCGCUCAAGGCCGGCGGCAAGAACAAGAAGACCAAGAGGCAGCAGCAGCAGCAGCAGCAGCAGCAUCAUGUGGCGGCCGCCAUCAUCCAGAGUCAGGGCGGAGAUAAGUUCUACGCCUGCCCGCAGUGCGACAUGAGCUUCAGGACGUCCACGCAGCUGUCCAAACACCAGGUGACCCACGUCAAGGAGCUGCUGGACAACUACACGCCCGGCAAGGAGAACCUGAGCGAGAGCUCGUCCGACCUCAAGAUCCGACUCAAGCUCUGCUCCCGCGACAAGCCCAACUUCUACACCCUCUGCAAGAAGAACCGCCGCCGCAGGGGGGGUCGGCCCGGCAAACGGGGCCCCGCCAUCUCAGAGGAGGAGGAGGAGGGGGGCGGAGGAGGAGGAGGAGGAGCCGGGCGCCACUGCUGCACCCAGUGCGGGAAGCGCUUCAGCCAUGCCUCCAGCCUGGCCCGGCAUCAGCAGACCCACAGGGCGGUGGACGGCGGCGGCGGGCGUGGGAAGCUGCAGCAGCACCAGAAGCAGCUACACGUUAAGUCCGGACUCCCCGCCUCCAAGUCCAAGACGUACACCUGCGCGGCGUGCAACAAGACCUUCAUGCACUCGUCCAGCUUCUCCCGCCACAAGAAGGCCCACCUGGAGGAGGAGCAGCGGGCCCGGGCCGCCGCCAAGCGCCGGAAGAGAGUCGUCUUAGACGAGACCGCCCCGCUGGAGUCCGACUCCGAGUGAAGUCACCUGGCUCUGGACUGGGUUUGGACUGGUUCUGGACCUGUUCCGGGUUGGUUCUGAAUCAGCACUGGACUGGUUUGGGACCAGUUCUGGAAAAGUUCUAAUUUGGAAAUGUUCUGGACCAGUUCUCCACCAGUUCUGGACCAGUUGGGGACAGAUUCUGGGGCCGAAUGAGGCGGUUUGUUUGUCCAGGUUUCGGGAACUUGAACUGGUUGAUUCUUCUCUGGUGUAGAUAGAAGCAGGACGUCCAUAUAUGGAGCAGCGACUCGUCUGCUCGUCUCCACGUUCGUCUUUCCUCUCUGACGUCACCGCCCACUUCCUUCCUGGAGUGACUUUGAUUGGCUGAGGUUCUUAUUUUUAGUUCUGAUUGGUUCCCUGUGUUCUAACUUUGAUAUUUAAAGAAAAUAAAAAAAGGUUAAAAUGUGAAAUCCGAGCAGACGGCGAGCUGAUUGGUCAGAGUUGGCGUUCCUCCACAUUAAACUUAGCAUGAAGACUAUAACCUGCAGCUAGUCGGCCAUAUUUGUAGUUUUUCAGCUCUGUGUGUGUGUGUGUGUGUGUGUGUGUGUGUGACCGAUCUGCGGCGUCUGACGUUUGGAUUUCUCCUUUUAGCAGCGGCGGCGGCGGCGCUGUCGUGGAGGUCGAAGGGGAAACUGCACUACUUAUUUAUGAAUUUGGAACAAUGUUGUAAUAUAUAAAUAUAAAUGGUAUUUAAAUGUGAGUCACAAGUUAAAAAACUAAACCAAGACGAGCGAGGGCGUCUACGGCGGCCAGGCCUGACCUAGCUGCCCUCGUUAGCGUAGCAACACCACCGCCACCUUCAUCUCUAAGCACCGCCAUCGCCAUCACAGCAGCAGCAGCAGCACAGGAACAGGAAACGACUCUUUGACAGCAGUUUUUCAAAAUUAAAGCCUUUUCAAAUCUGUUUGUUUAAAAAUAAAAAAGCUCUUCUUCUGAGGCGACAUCUGGCCCAGAGCGGACAGGCGAAACGUUCAGGUCGUCUUUAUUGGCUGAUGAUUGGAAGUUAAAAUACAUAAACGUCGACGGCGUUACAGGCGUGAUGAACAGAAGAGCUGCUGUUUGGUGAAUCGUUGGAGGUUAAACCAAAUGUGGACGAACUUCACGUCAGACGAUUCCCCCCCCCCCCCCCCCCACACGCCCCCCUUCACUUAUUGUUUCCUGCUUGUGGAGCCGUCUGACGGCGGCGGACACUUUGAGUUUGUGAAUAACAUUUUACUGUGUGAAUUGGAUUUGACUUAACUUAAUGGUGACCUAUUUAUAAGUGUGUGUAGGCGGCGGACCGUCGCACUACGAGCCUCCUGUAGAAUAAGAAACAGAAGCUCCUCCUCUUCCUCCUCCUCCUGCUCUCCAUCUUCCUGGUUUGUGUUCUCUCAGUUUCGGGGCUUGCAGCUGCCGUUCUCCUCUUCUUUGUUUUUGCAUUUGGCUCCAUGUCGUGUUGGUUUGUUUUCUCUUUGGUUUCAGCGAAGCUUCACCUGCAGAUAGAAGGUUGUUCGUCAUUGUAUCGUGUUUGCCAAUAGAAUAAACCCAGUUGACAUGUUUUGUCUUGCGUUUUGUAAUAAACCUUCAAAAGAA